UUGUGUGUGGGAAUUAGUUCAAUUGUAGCGUGUACAUCUCCCAAUCAGCGUAGUAGCGAAAUUUGCGGACUUCGUAAUUCUAAAUAUUUAUUUAAAAAAUGGCCACAACUCUAGCUGCAGACCGUUUCUGGGUGGAUAAGGCAAAUUGCCACAAUGCCGAACGUCAAUAUUACGAACUUUUAAGCAAGGAGGAUAAGGUCAAAAAGAUAAGCGGGGAUGGUCACUUGAAUGGUGUACAAGAGCCGCAAACAAAAUUGAAAAAAAGCAAAAAAUUGAAAUACAAAAAGAAUGAGCAUGUAACAAAAUUAACAGAAAUAUCAACGAACUCUGAAAGCGAAGAGAGAUUUUUAUCAUCCGGCUCCCAGGUCAAUGCACCAAUUGAUGUACCUAAAGUGGUUGCUAAACAAAGUGGAGAGAAACCCAAAAAAAGAAAUAAGGGAGCUAAAAAAAAUGCCGAUAUGUUGGGUUCCUCGGCCAACAGCCAGUGCACUUUAGUCUCGGAAAUCGCUAAAGCAAGAGAACAUAUUAAAAAUUCGUUAGAAAAGAUGGACGGCAUUACUACACUAACUGCAACUCCAGCAUCCGGUGAAGUUCUUGAUCGUGUUGCUGUUAUCGAAAAAGACAAUGCCGAUUUGAGAAAGUUAAUAGAAAGCUUGAGAUCGGUUUGUUUAGAAACUCAAAGUCGUGUAACAGCUUUGGAAAAGAAAGUUAACGCCGAACUAGCCGGAAAAACUGUUGCAUCCACAUCUGCCCCCGCCCCUGCCUCCAAUGCCGCACCUGCAAAGGCAGAAGCUGAUGAUGAUGAUGACGUGGAUCUAUUCGGUUCUGAGGACGAGGAGGAUGAGGAAGCCGCACGUGUGCGCGAGGAGCGUUUGGCUGCAUACGCCGCAAAGAAAUCGAAGAAACCGCAAAUUAUCGCAAAAUCUAGUUUGAUUUUGGAUGUUAAGCCAUGGGAUGAUGAAACCGAUCUUAAAGUUAUGGAAACGGAAAUAAGAAAAAUCGAAACCGAUGGUCUCUUAUGGGGCGCAUCCAAAUUCGUUCCAGUAGCUUUUGGUAUCCAAAAGCUUAGUAUUUCAUGUGUCGUCGAAGACGACAAAGUAUCGAUUGAUUGGCUAACUGAGGAAAUCGAAAAACUAGAAGACUACGUUCAGAGUGUUGAUGUUGCUGCAUUCAAUAAAAUUUAAAUAUUCAUAUUAAAUAAAAAAAACUUACGAGUAUCUAAAAAA